AUGGAAAUAGUAGUGAAAUGGAAUAGGACGAUUACGAAGAAUCAGAAGACGAUCCUUAUGACUCUGGAUAUUCAUGCAGCUAUUACCUUGAAGUGGAAGAAGUCUGAGAGAGAAUGUAUGUACCUGCUUGAAAAUAUUCUUGCUGAACCCAAAAGAAAAUACCCAUAUAACUGUCUUAAUGAAAACUUACAAAAACCUCCAAGAAAUGAGGAUCAAUAG